UGCAGUUAGAUAAUCGCUGUUAUUCCUCUAGCACAGAGCUUUUUUCACCCGAGCUCCCGUUUGAUAGGAUUCGGUGUGAUCUGUAUAAGAUUAUUUGUGAACGCGCAGAGAAUGAAGAGCUCAUGCUUCACCACCACACAUGCUUCCGGAUGGGACCGUCUGCAACUUUAUCCUUUCAUCUGUCCAAACUCUCAGGAUGCUGCUUAACGGUCUUGUUUGAUGUAGACAAGCGCUUUACAUUUUAUUAUGUUAUCAAAAAAGUGCUGUGCCAGCUCCAGUCUUUAAGCUUCAAAACCACAGAAAUCAUUAUCAUUCCACUCACUCGCAUGCCCAAAUGCCACCAUGCCAAUCAUCAGCAAUGCCAACCAUGACUUCAGCAACUUGUCAAUCAGCACAGACGACAGCAGUCUUGAUCUCUACUUCACAUACAUUCCUGAGACCAAAACCAUCAAGGGCGUGUACUUUCAACGGGCCCAGCGACUCCCGGACACCUUGGCCCCCAGAGACGUUGACCACAGUAAACUGGCCCUCAUCAACGUCGGAGGGGAUCGCUACACGUUCCCCUGGAGCACACUGGAGCAAUUUCCCCUCUCUCGUUUGGGACAGUUACGUCACUGCAGCUCCUCGGAUGACAUCACCCGGCUUUGCGACGACUACGAUGAGACCGGGCGAGAAUUCUUCUUCGACCGCAGCUCGGCUGCCUUCCGGGUGAUCCUAAACUUUCUGGCGGCAGGGAAACUCAGACUGCUGCGGCAUGUGUGUGCCGUGUCCCUGUCGGAUGAGCUUGCUUACUGGGGCAUCGAGCCUGGUCACAUGGAGCGCUGCUGCAGACGGAGGAUGUUGUCACGUGUGGAGGAAGUGGCUGAGAGGAAGAGAAAGGAGGAAGAGAGGAGGAAGAAGAGGUCGGCUCCACAGAGACCUCAGGCACGGGAAAAGGGCUUCCUCGGGGUCAUGAGAUGGCUACAGGAGGUCGUGGAUAACCCUCAUUCGGGAUGGCUCGGGAAGGUCUUUGCGUGUUUUUCUGUGAUCAUGAUUGCCGUGACGGUGAUCAGCCUCUGCAUCAGCACUAUGUCUGAUCACGACAGCAGGGGUGAAUGCUCAGAAAAGCGCCGCAACAUAUUCAUAGUGGAGACGGUGUGUGUGGCCUGGUUCUCUCUGGAGUUUGUGUUGCGCUUCUUACAGGCUGAAAGCAAACUGAAGUUCGUACGCAAUCCACUCAACAUCAUAGACGUAAUAGCUAUUUUGCCAUACUACAUCUCUUUGGUGGUCGAUAAAGAUGAAACGGAGGAAGCAGAGCUUCACGGAAGCGCCGGAGCGGGUCACGGAUAUUUAGACAAGCUGGGUUUAAUCCUGCGUCUCACACGUGCCCUUAGGAUCCUGUAUGUGAUGCGGCUGGCGCGUCAUUCCCUGGGCCUUCAGACUCUGGGCUUGACCAUGCAGCGGAGCAUGCGAGAGUUCGGACUUCUGCUUCUCUUCAUCUGUGUUGCCGUAGCUCUCUUCUCGCCUCUCGUCCACCUAUCAGAGAAAGAAUUCGCGAAGAACAAAGCCACGGGCCCUCACAGCUUCAGUAGCAUCCCCGCAUCUUAUUGGUGGGCGAUCAUCUCCAUGACGACAGUGGGCUAUGGUGACAUGGUACCGCACAGCAUACCCGGUCAGGUGGUGGCCUUUAGCAGCAUACUGAGUGGCAUCCUCAUUAUGGCUUUUCCCGCUACAUCGAUCUUCCACGUGUUUUCUCGAUCGUAUCACGAGCUCAAGCGUGAACGUGAAAUGAUUCGUAAGGAGGAGCAAGCAGGCAUAGAUGCCAGUGCUAAAGAGGAUCUCCAGAAAGAGUUGGCCAAACACUGCGGACAUUAAGAGCUUACGCAAGGACGGUGAUGCGUCAAGACACCUAGACUGUUAUACAAAACUGUUUUUGACAUCUUUUCUAAAGGAAACUGACUUUAUGAGUCUCAAAAAAAGAACUAAGGACUAAUCGCAGAGGAAAUGUGGAAAUGAGAUUUGAUGGCGUUCUCAGUUGUGUUUUAUGUAUCAACUUAGUCUCAGAUGUUUCUCCUAAAAUUGAAAAAUAAAAACAGAUGAGACCAUUGUAAAAAUACAGUCACAGUAUGGAGGUGUAAAAUGAAUGUAGUUUGUAAUCUGGAUUUGGGUCAAUUUGAUGAGAAAUGUUUGAGUUCAUAUUGAGAUCUUGAAUAAUAUUGACUUUUGAUUGCAGACUUGACAAAUCUGAGCUCAGUUUGAGACAUUGUUGAGUUCUCUUCUGAAACUCAGAGACAUUUGUGACAUUUUAGGACUCUUUUUCUCAAGAGAAAUAUCUGAAAAGCAGGAGGCUCUCCAUUUAAUCCCAUUGUAAAUGAAAUUAUUAA